AUUUUAUUUAAUGAAUGAAGAUGAAAUAAAGUAAAUGGUUGAAAAAUAUAAAUUGAGAAAAGAGAAUUUCGAUUUAUAUAGACCAAAUAAGAAAUACUAUUUUGAAAAUUCAGAUGAAUUAUUUGCUAAAGCCUAACUUUAGGAAUAAUAAAAUUUUCUAAAAUCUUUUAAUCAUUAUUAAGAUUUACCUAGAGCAUCUGUCAAUAUAAUUGGGGCCAGAAGAUAAAAAGAAUUUGCAUCAGGAUAUUUUUUUAUCACAAUUCCUGCUUCAUAUAUAAUUGGAAGAAUUUUAGCAAAUGAAAAAUAUGGGAUUUAUAAUGCUAAUCAUAGAAUUAGAAGAAUGAGAAUAUAUACAUAUCUUGGCUUUGUUUUAAUUGGAAUAAUUUAUCUACCCACUACUCCAGUUUUUACUCCCCAGAAUUCAGGAAUAUUCUAGCCAUAAUUUUAUGAAAAAAAAGUCUAAAGAGAUCUGGAUUUAAAUUUAAAUCUUUAUUAAAAUGUUGAUACAAUUAUAAACAAAGAUCAAGAACCAAGUUGGGAUGAUUUUUAAAGAGUAUUAAAAAAUGUUUAGAAAAAAACUCUUAUGAAUGUGAAAGUUUGA